AUGGAUCACUCGAGAGAUCCCUGUCCCUGGGUCGCGCUUAGCGACUUCGGUGGUGCCUUCUGUAUGGGUGCUAUUGGUGGUGCCGUUUGGCACGGCGUCAAGGGUUUCCGUAACAGCCCCUACGGUGAGCGCCGGAUAGGUGCCCUUACUGCCAUCAAGGCCCGCGCUCCUGUUCUCGGUGGAAACUUUGGUGUUUGGGGUGGACUGUUUUCGACUUUUGACUGUGCUAUUAAGGGCAUCCGCAAGAAGGAGGACCCGUACAAUGCUAUCAUUGCUGGUUUCUUUACUGGUGGUGCUCUCGCUGUCCGUGGUGGUGUCAAGGCUGCCCGUAACUCCGCCAUCAUGUGUGCCGUCUUCCUUGCCGUCAUCGAGGGUGUUGGUAUCGGUUUCCAGCGUAUGAUGGCCGACAACACCAAGCUUGAGCUCCCUCCUCCUCCCCCUCUGAGCAGAAGGCUCUAG